CCUGACUUCGCCUGGUCUGGCCUGACUUCGCCUGGCCUGGCCUGUCCGCUAUGGAGCUUAGCUGCAGCGCUCCGGACCUCGGGGCUUCCGUGGCCAUAGAGGCUCUGAAACGGCUGCUCGGAGUCGAGAAAGCCUUGAAAAAUAAAGAAUUUGUAUUCAAUCACGAAGUGAAGGAGUUCCUGGGGGAAACUGCCAGAGCUGUUAAGAAACUGGAAGCCAUGAGAAAAAGCGCAGUCGAUUUACUGGAGAUCGAGACGAUAGAAAUCAGCAAACUGCGUUAUAUACUUCUCAAUCUGCCGGGAAAUAUCACCAGAGAACUGGAAGAUGCCGUCAAAGCUGCCCACGUCGACAGGGUCAAGGAGACGAGGAAGUUACAGAUCACGAUGGGGAGAACCACUGGCCAACUAGAGCUGCUGAGUUCCAAGCAAAUUGACGUGAAGAUACAGAACUGUUCUCUGAGCAAAGAGCAGGGGCAGCUCACCAGAGAGCACCACGACACCGUCCAGCUGCUGAACCGCAAGUUGGAAGAAAAGGCCAGGACCAACAUUUUCGUAAACCACACUUUCACCCAGAAGAAAGACGAGGAGGAGGAAACGAUCCUCCAGAAAAUCCUGAUUGCGGACCUGGAGGCGUCUCUGGAUGAAGAAAGGAAGAUAUUUAGAAAGAAGAAAGAAAAAUUGGAUAAAGAGCAGGCAGAAAUGAAGAAAUGCUUUGAAGAUCAGCAGGUGGUCACUCUGAAGAUGAAGGAAAAAUUGGAAAGCUUGUUGAUCCAGUUAAAAUCCUUAGAAAAAAUGAUUUUUGAAAACAAGAAGGUCAUUCACACCGGCGAUGUUCGGAUAUGCGAAUUUCAAGGAACAAAUACGAGGUUUCAAACCCAGUUGGAAGAAAAGAUGAAGCUAACUGAGGGGUUUGUGAAGCAAAAGUGUCACUGCCAAUCGGCCAUGGGCAACUUGCACGAAACAGCCCAACGCGAGAAAGAAAAGCUUCUGACGGAGAUCAAAAAGGUUGAUGAGAAACUGACAAAUUCCAAACGAAGUCAUAGAAACCUUGAUGAGAGAAACAGAAUGCUCCAGGUCCAGUCUGAGGUGAUCCAGAGAGAAGAGGAGGAGUUAAAAGCCAAGAAGCAGGUGGUCUUGGAAAUGUACAAGAAAGUCGGAGACAGUUUGAGCAGCAAACAAGAUUUCCUGGCCAAGCGAAGGUUGGACAUCCAAAACCUGGAGAAGAACAUUGAGAAACUGGAAGAGCUUUACUUGUCCACAGUCGACUCGUACGACAAGCAGCUGGAACUCCUGAGGGAGACGCUGGAGCGGGAGAUUCAGAGAUGGGCGAUCAUUUCCUGGAAGACAGCCAUCAGGCUCAAACAGCACAAGCGCUGGGUGGAAAAGGAAGAGAACGGUAUCACGGAUCUGAAAAAGCGGAUUCAGAAGGCCAGAAUCAAGCAAGUAGAGCUGCACCUAAAGAACGGGGUCCGCCAGAAAGAGAACACGGAGUUCGUGGCCCUGAUCGAGAUGCUCCAGUUCAAGUUAAAGAAGGAGGAGGAGGAAUUUUUAAAGGUGGAGCGGCAAGCUACCGCAGACAUACAAGCCCUUGAGGACUUGCUUAGCCAGCUCACACUCGACCUUCAGGGCUUGGAACGUGAGCGGGAAGCGGCUCUUCCUCAGCUACAUGAGGCCCAGGAACUGUUGGAAGAGCGAGUCAAGGAAUUCGAAAGCCUGCGGACCUGCAUCAUAGGGCUACAGAAGGAAGAAUCGUCUUUGAGAUUUCUUAUUUCGGUGAUGCUGAAGGAGACUGCGACCUUCCUAGAGAAGAAGAACCAAGUGAAGGCCAAGCUGUCCGCUGCCCGGGCACAGGAGCACGCCCAGCUGCUGGAGCACACGGACAGCCUCAAGGUCCUGGAGAGAGAGAUCUACGAAAUGAACCGGAAGCUGGACCACAUGCUCAUGGAGAACUUCAGGAUCAAGAUACGCAACCAACAGGUGUCGGAAGAUUUGGCUUCCGUAAGAGCCCAAGGGGAAAACCACAUCUCCUCAUCUGAGAGGAUCCGCGGUGAUCUGAAGGCCCUUCACGGACGCUUUUUGGAGAAGUGGGCCGAAAGCAGAGCCACGGAAAAGAUGUUUUCGGAAGCGGACCAGGGCACCUUACGUGAGAUAAUGGAACUGAUCCAACACCUCUCUGAGCGAGCAGUGGUGCUCGAGAGAGCCAACGUGGUCCUGUGGGAGACGGGAGAGCGGCUGGACUGCCUGGUGGACCGCGACUCGGCUACGGCGCGAGGUCAGUGCGGCCUUGGCCACGUCUCGUUAGCAGACGAGCCCCCCGGGCCACGUCGGCACCGGCGGUUGGUGCCCACGGUGCUCACGGGUCCCCGUCCAGGCGGCUGCUGCCGCUGGAAGAGACCGGCGCCUUUGCACCGCGCUGUCACAGGCUCGGCCUCUGCCCCCACCCCAGCCUCCCCAGGCUGGUGA